CUGUAGCUCCCUUCACCCUCCCGGGGAUGAACAAGAGGGGUGGGUGGAUGGGUGGAGAAGAUAACUGAGUGACUCCCAUCCCUUAGUUCCUGCCGCCUAGGGGCUCUGUCCAUGGGAAAGGGGUGAGGCGCGGCGCUGCACUAGUUGCACUAGUGAGAACGAAGGGCGAGAGACCCUGAGCUCCGUGGCCUGGCCGUAGCACCAUGGGAUCCGGAGCAGUAGGGCGCCCUGGAGCCCCAAGCCCGCAUUUGCCCGGUUCCCAAAGGAAAGCGUAACUUGCCCUCCACAGCUACGCCGGCGCCAGGCUCACCCCCCUUCCCCCGGGCACUUGGAGGGAAACUAAGGGCGAAGGCCAGGGGAAGGGCAGGGGCUUCCAGGCAGCUUCACUCCCCAGUGCCCAUGUGCAGCGGCGCCACACUUGCGCACUGGGGGCGCCCAAGGAGUUCGCACAUGCACAGUAGCGGAGAGGGACACAUUUUGAGAGCGGGCAGUGUUUGCUACCACGGUGCGGCUCGGGGAACUCCUCACUGCUCAGUCGGGGAGUGGCCCCUGGCGCUGCUGGACCAGGAGCGUCCCUUAGCUCUGCUUAGCCAGGGAGAGCCGGCUGGCUGGUAGGAGCAGGAGCUGCUGGAGACAUCGCCCUGUAGCCCGGCUGCAGCGGGAACUGCUAGAGGAGCCCCUAACUCUGCCUAGCGGGAGGGAGCCCCCUGGAGCUGGCCGGAGCAGGAAGGGGAUUUUCGGAAGUUUAAGCUCCAUUAUUCCUAUUUAAAAUGCCUAAAAAGAAGCCUAUGCCCAUUCAGCUGAACCCGGCUCCAGAUAGUUCCACCAUCAAUGGGACCAGCACUGCAGAGUUUUUCUUUGGAGGGAGCAGUCAGCUGACAAAUUUAGAGGCGCUGCAGAAGAAGCUGGAAGAGUUAGAAUUGGAUGAGCAGCAACGUAAACGUCUUGAAGCUUUCCUUACUCAGAAGCAAAAAGUUGGGGAACUGAAGGAUGACGACUUCGAGAAAAUCAGUGAACUGGGAGCAGGAAACGGCGGCGUGGUCUUCAAAGUAUCUCACAAACCUUCUGGCCUCAUUAUGGCAAGAAAGUUAAUUCACUUAGAGAUCAAGCCAGCUAUUCGAAACCAGAUCAUUCGUGAGCUACAAGUUCUACAUGAAUGUAACUCUCCAUACAUAGUGGGCUUUUAUGGCGCUUUUUACAGUGAUGGAGAGAUCAGCAUUUGCAUGGAACACAUGGAUGGCGGGUCCUUGGAUCAAGUACUGAAAAAAGCUGGAAGAAUUCCAGAGCAGAUUUUGGGCAAAGUUAGCAUUGCUGUAAUAAAAGGUCUCACGUAUUUGAGAGAAAAACAUAAGAUAAUGCAUAGAGAUGUUAAACCAUCUAACAUUUUGGUAAACUCUAGAGGUGAAAUCAAGCUUUGUGAUUUUGGUGUCAGUGGACAACUGAUAGAUUCAAUGGCAAACUCGUUUGUUGGGACACGGUCCUACAUGUCUCCGGAACGACUCCAAGGUACUCAUUAUUCAGUGCAGUCAGACAUCUGGAGUAUGGGAUUGUCACUGGUAGAAAUGGCCAUUGGCAGAUACCCAAUUCCCCCUCCUGAUUCCAAGGAGUUGGAGCUGAUGUUUGGCUGCCCUGUGGAGGGAGACUCUCCAGUUUCUGAGACUUCACCCAGGCAAAGAACACCUGGCCGACCAAUGAGCUCCUAUGGACCAGACAGCAGGCCUCCAAUGGCAAUCUUUGAACUUCUGGACUACAUCGUCAAUGAGCCUCCUCCAAAAUUGCCCAGUGGUGUUUUCAGUCCUGAAUUUCAAGAUUUUGUGAACAAAUGCUUAAUAAAAAAUCCAGCUGAGAGAGCAGAUUUGAAGCAACUCAUGAUUCAUGUUUUCAUUAAGAGAUCUGAAGCUGAGGAAGUGGAUUUUGCAGGAUGGCUUUGUUCGACUAUAGGCCUCAACCAGCCUAGUACACCCACGCAUGCUGCUGGAAUUUGAAUAUUGACAGCAAAUCUUGUACUGUACAUCUUUUAAAACAAGGCUAUUUUGGUCUCAUUUCUCAAGCUUGUAUCUGUUCAAAUAUGUAUUUCACCUCUUAAGGAAGGAAGUCUGUUCUAGCAUGUGCCAAAUCCUGUUUGUUUUAAAUUUUUGUCCUAAAUUAAUUGGUGGUGUAUUGGAUUACUUUUACUGACCAAAAUGUUUGAGAUGUUGAAAUUAUAGUGCUUGCUGAUUAAGUGAACUUGGAUAUUUUUUGUAAUGGAAAUCUCACUGGGGCUACUUAGUCCCAGAUUGUUUGAGCUCUAUCAGGAUUCCUUGUAAGUUGGUGGUACUGUACUUCAAUCAUGCUUAUCUAGUCUCCCAUACAAGGUUGUUAGAGAUCCUCCUAAACAAUAUUUGUCAAGCAUGCUUUCGCUGUUAUCAAAAGGUGCAUCUCAAAGUUAGUCAUAAUGGUUCUGAUCUUGCUUUUGUGUAGAGAACUCUUGCCCGUUUAACUGAGAAGAGUCCUGUAUUGCCAUGAAACACAAAGCAUCAUGACUACUUUUAGACUUCUGUUUAUAUUUCUAUUUAUUUUUAAAUGUACUGUCAUACUUGGGAUUGUUUAGUAGUAUGUCUCCUUUAAUUGGUAUUUUUUAAAAAGUAGCUUUUUUUGAAUGUCCUAUAGACUCAAGAGCUAAAAGUGCAUCAGACUUGCUUCCUUUUAACCCAGCUAAAGAAGACUUAUGACAACUGUGUGUAUAGUGUCUAAAAUGUAUGAAAAUCCUUUUUAUUACUUAUUCUUUCAGAUGGUUAGCAGUUUAAUCUCUUAUACUAAUAAAUAUAUUAUCAAGUAACUUCGUUAGAGGACGGGUAUUUUUAAAUUCUUCAGUGUAAGUUGGGAAUAAUUGGAAUUUAACUGACAGAGCGCACAGCUUUGUAGAGUGGGUGCACACAUAACAUGAAACAACUGUUUAAAUAUCUUCAGGAAAUAAGCACCUGUUUGAUACUAUUGUGUUACAUAAACCCCUUCCAAUUACCAUAAGCGCACAUAGGCUUUUCUCCUCACUUUUCACUGUCUCAUGUUGAAGUAAACUGGAAUCCAAUCCUCUUUUUCCAACAUACAUAGUGCACUCACCUGGGUCAACUUGAAAAAGGAGUUCAAUACUAGCGUCUCUCUAACAGCAUCACAUACCCUAUUUCUGAACACAGCACUCUUUUCUUACACAGUAGGUAGAGGCUCAGGCCUUCAGUUUACAUUUUGUCUCUAGCCCUGUGCUGAAACCUUUGCCUAUGUUGUGAUGCCAAUGUGCACCGUAAGAAGUGUUGUUUACUCCUUCUCAUAACAAGAACUAAAGGUGACUAAAUGACAUUAGUAGGCAGCAGGUUUAAAACAAACAGAAAUAUUUCUUUACACAACAAUCAGUCAACCUGUGGCACUCUUUGCCCGAUGUUGUGAAGGCUAAGACUGUAACAGGGUUCAAAAAAUAACUAUAUAAAUUCAUGCAGGAUAGGUCCAUCAAUGGUUAUUAGCCAGGAUGGACAGUGAUGGUGUCCCUGGCCUCUGUUUGCCAGAAACUGGUAAUGGAUCACUUGAUUACCUGUUCUGUUAUUCCCUCAGAAGCAUCUGGCAUUGGCCACUGUCAGACAGGAUACUGGGCUAGAUGGACCAUUGGUCUGAGCCAGUAUGGCCAUUCUUGUAAUCACAUGUUCCUCUUGCUGCAGUUUGCACCUGCUGUGUGAAAUCAGAUGCUGGUUCAAUUGUAGCAUCUGGUAGGUAGGCAGUAUCCCCUCUAAUUCUGCCUGCUCCUGUGGGAGAUAAGGGACUUUGUUUCUGCCCUUCUUUAGCCGGUGUGGUCAGGUGCUAUUUUGCAAGUGUUGUCCAACAGUCUGAUGUGUACCGUGACCCUGUAUUGUAUACACUUUACUGACCUCUCCCACGUUAUGUAGCACGAAGCCUGCAUAUGUGAGACUAGUGUGAGAAAUACUAUCCCGUGUAAACAAGCACAGACUCGCUAACUGAAUCACCAGAAAACCAAACAAAUAACGGACAUUUGAGGGCACCAUUUCCCAUUGUCAACUGGGUUUCUUGUUAAGAAGCCAGUUUUGACUGCUAAAAGCUUAAAGCAAUCCCUACCCCAUUGUUUUGUGAGGGUUGUUGCAUGUUUAAUAUUUGCUCAGCUGUUUUAAAAAUGUCCUUUUUCCAGAGGAAACUGUGUAGCCCUUUCUAUGAGCCUCUGGUGCUAUGCAGUGAGAGAGCAUUCUGCAGAAAGACAGCAAAAACCCCACCAAAAACCAAGUGAUUGGGAAAUCUUAUGAGAACAGACUGUUGAGCUUUCUGGUUCCAGCUGGGCCAAAAACACUCAAGACAGCCUUUCUUGUGGUAAUCACACAUUCUGUCUCUGCAGCAACACGGAAGUGCACAGGCAGGUGAAUUUAAAGAUCACCCACACUUAAACAUUUGAGAAAGGUUUGUUAAGAGGAAUGGGAAAAGAUCUGGAUCACUCUUUACCUUAUCUGAACCUGUUUGGCCAUCUGGACUCUGUUAUAAUCAAGGAAUGAUGGGGAUAGAAUAGGUAUAAGAUCAGUAAUAACUUUCCCUGGAAACAAUUUUAAGAACAGCAUACACAGUCUUUCAAAUUAAUUUGACCUUUAAAAAAUACACUGAAAAGUAGAAAACCUUUUGCGGUAUACAAGACAUACUAUGCUUAGGCUUGGAAGGAUUAGACUUUUUUCAUCGGUAAGUGUCAAACAAUUUCACCCUACACACAGAUGAAAACAUAUUUCCAUUGAUAGACAUUUACAGACAGGCAAAGUAAGAAAAAUGCUGCUUGAGAACUUAGUUUGAUUUAAGGAUAUUUAAUUUGUAUAUUUUGACAUGUGAUGUUCACAAUCUGUGUUUUAACAGUUAUAAAGCUUUAACUUUUUGAA